AUGCACCGACUCUAUCGGGACGUGAGACAAAUGAAACGACGAUCACGUGACCAGAAGCGAUCGGAUUUGGAUUUUCUCACUCGUAAUGCGGUCAUUCACGAACGAAUGCGAUCGAUCGGUACGGAACAGAGGCGUUUAAGUUCACGCGGAUCGUGGACACGACGAGUGUCUAAUGAGCUCAGCGAACCCAACAAGAUGGACGGGGAGAUGCCAACGUCAAAUCGGAUUGGGAUGUUGCCGGGACGGGAUCGAUUGCCGACGAUUGAUGAACGUGGUCCCUUGGUGGAACAUCGACAACCGAUCGUGAAGGAAACGGAAAAUAAGUUGGUAAGCUUAUUGGAUGCAACUUCUGCGCAUUCAACACGAGUAGCGUCAUUUUAA